AUGGAUAAGGACGCCAACUCGGAUCAUGCAUGUGUUGUGUGUGGAUCAAAAGAGAAUUUGAAACGAUGCACACGAUGUAAGGGCGCUGUUUAUUGUUGUCGACAGCACCAGAUACAAGACUGGCCGUCUCACAAAACCACGUGUUCGCCUAACCAGAAUGGAGCAGUAGGUGACCAGGCUAACACGUGCACACUUGACGAAAACAAUGAUUCCAAAAUCAAAAACACCACUAAUGCGAAUGAAAGUGAUGUUGUUGAAUUUGACGGCCGUCCUAACACCACUAAUGCGAAUGAAAGAGAUGUUGUUGAAUUUGACGGCCGUCCUAACACCACUAAUGCGAAUGAAAGAGAUGUUGUUGAAUUUGACGGCCGUCCGAACACCACUAAUGCGAAUGAAAGAGAUGUUGUUGAAUUUGACGGCCGUCCUUUCAAAGAAACAAACUUUAAGAAACCCACAUCUUUCGAAGUUUCGAAUCUUGCCGAGUUCGUGAUUCAAUAUAUAAACAAAAACAACUUUUGUGUUGUGGAUGGAAUUUUCUCUGACACACAUUUACAAAGAGCUUUAAGUGAAAUAAACAGCCUGAAUUCUGAUGGAUGCCUAAAACUUGGACGUUUAUCAGGAGGUCGCACGAGUGGACAGGAAGCAUUGAAAGUGACCAAGACUGAAAUAAGAAGUGACACGAUAUACUGGGCUGAAGGGACAGAGUCUCGACACCCUAACAUCAACAAAGUGGUGCAAAAGAUGGACGCCAUCAUAUGUUCCCUUAAUAAUCACUUUCAGGGAAAGUACUUUAUCAACGGUCGAACAAAGGCUAUGAUUGCGUGUUACCCUGGUAACGGUUCCUACUACAGACGUCACAUCGACAACCCGAGUGGUGAUGGGCGUGUAAUCACAUGCAUUCUUUAUCUCAAUAAAGACUGGAUAUCAAAGGAACAUGGCGGGGUAUUGCGCAUCUUCUCUGCGCAAGAUGAGAGCUGUUAUGUUGAUGUAAGUCCCAUUUACAACCGGAUGUUGUUCUUCUGGUCCGACAGACGAAAUCCACACGAGGUCCAACCAGCUUUUAGAACAAGAUUCGCCAUUACCGUGUGGUUUUUCGACAAAGCAGAGAGAGAAAAGGCCAAAGAGGAAUGCGCUCUGCAGGAUGUCUCCUCUAUGAAAAAUGAGCUGAUGAUUUUAGAUCUGCAAAGAAUGGGAAAUGAGAAGACCCAUAUAGAGCAAAAGAUACAACAAGAAGCCAAGAGGGUCAUAGAGUCCUUAACCACAGAAGAAUUACAGGCCUUGGCGGAAUUGAUGAGGGGCCAUAAAGAUCCAAACUUUGUGAUGUCGCAAAUGGGAAUUUCGCCUUCCAUCCAAAGCCAUUUAUUGAAAGAACUAGAAAAAUUCUGAAGAAAAGAAGUUUGGAAGUAUAGUUCUGGAUUAGAAUGGUGUUUUUCCGUUGUUGACUUUAAGUGAAUAAUCCAUUUGCUUUCUGUUUAUUGCCGCUAUAAUCUCAACAGUUUAAAAACAUGCAAACUCAUGGAUGAAGGUACAAUUAUAGAUUUGAUGUAUGGUUAUUGUAGAUUUUAGUAAGGCUGACCUGUAUGUCAAGGUCACCUGAGUAAAAUUUGAGUUCCAUUUGGAACUAAGAGAAUGAUAGAACAACAAUUUUGAAGUUCAUCUUUCCCACCUUAGAGAUUUGGGGUGGAGCUAAAAAUACUACUCAUGCUUUUCCAUACGCUACAUUGUAUUUAUUUUACUUAUAAAAACAGGUCUCCUCAUCCAAAA